AUGGGAACUGCCUUCACCAUGAUCGGCACUUCCAGCCAUUUGUCAGAUAAAUGCUCCCAGUUUGCUAUUCCCUCGCUGUGCCAUUACGCCUUCCCCUACUGCGACGAGACGUCAGCAGCUCCCAAACCGCGAGACCUGUGCCGUGACGAAUGUGAAAUUCUGGAGAACGUCCUCUGUCAGACUGAGUAUAUUUUCGCAAGGUCUAAUCCCAUGAUUCUGAUGAGAUUAAAGCUGCCCAACUGCGAAGAUCUGCCCCAGCCAGAUAGCCCCGAAGCUGUCAAUUGUAUCCGCAUCGGGAUUCCAAUGGCAGAUCCCAUAAACAAAAAUCACAAAUGCUACAACAGCACGGGAGUAGAUUACCGGGGGACGGUGAGUGUGACAAGGUCGGGGCGACAGUGCCAGCCAUGGAACUCGCAGUACCCCCACACCCACACCUUCACCGCCGUCAGGUACCCCGAGCUCAACGGGGGCCACUCCUACUGCCGCAACCCAGGCAACCAGAAGGACGCCCCGUGGUGCUUCACCUUAGACGAGAACUUGAAGUCUGAGCUUUGUGACGUCCCAGCGUGUGAUUAUAAGGAUUCCAAGGAAAAGAAUAAAAUGGAAAUCCUGUAUAUCCUGGUGCCCAGCGUUACUAUUCCCCUGGCCAUAGCCUUACUCUUCUUCUUCAUCUGCAUCUGUCGCAACAACCAGAAGUCAUCCUCCCCUCCCGUUCAAAGGCAGCCUAAACACGUCAGAGGACAAAAUGUGGAGAUGUCAAUGCUCAACGCCUAUAAACCAAAG